CAGGUCGAAUUGAUAUUCAGUUUCGUGCAGUACGAAUUCCUAAGAUCCCAAAAAAUAUGGGUAAACUGUCCUAUCUUAGUUUGCUGGCUCUAGCCGGGGUAUUGGCGGCCGUCAUCGCCCAGGAGGAAAUGUACUCGGACAUGUUCGAUCACAUCAAUCCCGACGAUAUCUUGCCCAACGACGAGCUCCGAAAUCAGUAUUACAACUGCUUCAUGGACCGCGGUCCGUGCGUGACGGACGACCAGAAAUUUUUCAAGCAACAUGCGGCAGAAGCGUUUGCAACGAAAUGCCGAAAGUGCACGGAAACGCAGAAGAGAAACGUGGAGAAGAUAGUCGUGUGGUACACGGAGAACCGUCCCGACGAAUGGCAGGCGAUGGUGGUGAAGCUCAUGGAGGAUGCAAAGAAGUUGAACAUCCCCAUGGCCUGAUGAUCGGCUCAAUCGAACGAAUUUUGGCGCAUUUCUAGCUAUUAUAUAACUAUAAUAAUUUACCUAACAAGAAGUGACAAAUAAUAAUAAUAAUAAUAAAAAGCAAUCUUGUGCAUCAUGUGUAGUCUUCAACAAUAAUAUAUAUAUAUAUAUAUAUUACAACAAUAAUAUAUAUAUAUAUAUAUAUGAUACGAGCACGAAAAAACGUAGACGAGAGCAAAAUAUAUACAGGUAUUGUGCACGUACAACUUUAUAACUGAUAAAUAAAAGCCAUUUAAAUGAAAA